UUCCGACUCUGUCCCAUCGCUUUCGCUCUCUUCCAUUCCCUCCCUCUCUCACUUACUCCUCUCAUGACUGUUGACUCGCCUACGAAGUUUCCAGCACGUGCACAUGCUUCCAAGCUCGCUGCCGAGCUCAUCAAGCUAAUCCCCGAGGGCGAGCGCGGCGGGAACCACGCAAUCUUUGUGCAAGGGCAUCCCACAACGUGCCGCGACGACACGGAUCGCGAGCUACCAUUUCACCAGGAGGCCAACUUCAACUACCUUACCGGCGCUCACAAUGUACACUCUGCUUCGGUUCUCGUGACCUACUCCGGCGAGGAUGUGCAGCACACGCUGUUCAUCCCACCCGCAGACCCACUCGAGACGAUGUGGUCGGUUGCGCCCCCGACGCUGGAGGACGCCGCGGCGCGCUUUGAUGCCGGCGCGAUUCUCAGCACCACGGAGCUCGAGUCGCACAUUGCACAGCUUGAGGGCACGACGAUUCACACCCUCCCUGUUACCCACGAGUUCCCACCGCUCCCUUCUUCUGUGCUUGAAGCGCUGAAGAAAAACAAACACUGCACCGAGCACUUGCGUCGCGCGUUCCACCUCGCCCGUUUGACCAAGACGCCGGAGGAGAUUGAGCUUAUCCGCAAGGCAAACACUAUCACGUCAUGCGCACACGAGGUCGUCAUGCGCGAAUUGGGCCGGUACGCCGCAAAGCGCGCUAAAACUAUCGCAGCGGGCACCAAGGAGAGGACUGGUUUCAAAGGUCCGGCGCAAUGGGAGGUCGAGAGCGAGCAAGAUGCGGAAGCGCUCUUCGUCGCGGCUUGCCGCCGCAUGGGUGCUGAGCAGGCCUACCUCCCCAUCUGCGCGUCUGGGUCUCACGCUUCAACUCUCCACUAUGUCUGCAACGACCGCCUAUUCCCCUCCACAGCCACGCCCCGCGCUCCUGGCGACACUUCGUUUACUCCCCGCCGCUUGGCACGCGGCUGCUGCGGUGACGUUCCCGAGCAUGAUCAUGCUACGCCGACAAACUCGCUGCACACUUCCGCUUUUGAGCCUCAGGUGCUUCUAAUUGACGCCGGCUGCGACUGGCACGGCUAUGCGUCCGAUGUGACGCGCACGAUCCCCGUAGGCAAUGGCGGCAAGUUCACGCCCAAGGCCGGCCAGAUUUACGACAUUGUGCUGCGCAUGCAGAAGGAAUGCGAGGAUCGCACACGCGUCGGCGUGCACUGGGAUGAGCUGCACCUGCAUGCGCACAAGGUGCUGAUCGAGGAGUUCAUCAAGCUCCGUAUCUUCAAGGGCACAGCAGAGGAGAUGCUGCAGAGCGGCCUGACCGCUGCAUUCUUCCCGCACGGUCUCGGCCAUUCGCUCGGCCUCGACGUGCACGACUCGCUGCAGUACCUUCGCGAGGUACAGAUUGACCUUCCGCCUAGUACAACGGCAACGCCCGCCAAGCUCUACGCGUACCUCCGCAUCCGGCAGCCCCUCACUGCCGGGAUGGUGCUCACCAUCGAGCCUGGGUGCUACUUCCCCCCGCAGCUGCUCGACAUCCACGGCGUGUGGGACAGCCCGCUCGUCGACCACGAUAUCCUCAAGACGUACCUCGAUGUUGGCGGCGUGCGUAUUGAAGACGUGGUGGUCGUGCGCGAGAACGCGCCGUGUGAGAAUCUUACGACGGUCGGCCGCGACCGUGAGUGGGUCGAGGCGCGCUGCGGCGGGCAUGAGUAGAGAGCCAGCCAGUCGGGUUCCCACGAGAAAGGCAGGCGGCAAGUGGCCUGAAUAUCUAUUUCAUAGCAUGCACUGGUGGGCAUUUAUCUGCAGGCCUCACGGCAAGGGGCCUGUCGGCCUCUUAUUGUUGAAUGGGAGGGAUGCGCGACUUGAGCACCAGUGAAGUUCGGG